UUUAAUAAAUUGGCUAAAAAACAAGGCAUUACAGUGAGAGGCAGAAAAAAAAGAGAUAGGAAUUUUUUGCUUGUUGCAGUAGAAAAUUGUUCGGUUUUUUUUUUCUUUUUCGUGUGUGCUUGAUUAUUUUUUUUUUCCAACAAUUUUCGCCCAGAACACAGUUGUUUGUCAUAAUUAAUUAUUUUUUUUUGCUCCUGAACGUGAGUGCUUGUCAAAAGUAAAUAUGGCGCCCACGAACUCUGCAUCGGACCAUCACAUCGACAUGCUCAAGAAGUACAUCGACUACCAUUGUUGGAUCACAAAAGCCAAGGAAAAAGGUCGAUUUUUCCGGAUUGCAGCUACGGGAAAUUUUUCCAAGCUCAAAAAGGAACUCAAGAAACGCGGAUUUAUCGAGCAAAUUUAUCUGCCAUCCGAAAGUGUUUAUUUCACGAUGCCCAAUUCGAUUCUCUUAGAGGAAGCGCAACGCGGAAAUGAAUAUGAAAGAGCUUUAGUAGCAAAAAUCAUCGGAAAACGACCUCCGGAUUUUAUUUGGGUAGCACGCGCGCCAUCCUACAUGAUGCUGGGCAAAAUCUCGUUACUUAACAAAAUCUACAUUAAAGGAUCGAAUUUUGGCGUGAAAAACGACAUGCUCAAGUACAUCCAGCGCAUUCGAGAAACGGACAAACGUGAGGCACUACUCAAGUAUCCGCGUAGUUACAACAUGUGCGAUCGUGGGGCACAAACGGCAUUUCAACGAGAUUUUCGCAUGACAGCUGCCAUUGGACUCGUAAAGUUCCUGCAUGACCAAAAGAAGGCGAUUAAAGAGUGGUUUACGGCGGAGCGGGAAGACGGUGUCGAAACUGCCAAAAUUUAUGGGCUCGAUCUCGCCAUUCAUCUCAUACUGAUGCACGUGAAGCAUGCCGACGGUAAUUUAAGCAACGAGGACUUGGCACGCUGCUGCAGCUUUACGGAACAACAGUGGCAACAAAUGCUCGACGCACACCAGCACGUCGUCAAGCACAAACGACGAAUUCAUGCCAGCAACGAGCAACGGGACGAUUAUGUGGCAAGGAUAAAGAUGAUUGCACCAGACAUUCCACAGUAUUUUAAAAAACAAAAACACGAUGGCAUUCAUAAUAUUUGGAUGAUGAAACCAUGCUACAGCUGCCAGGGCGCUGGAAUAAUUUUGUCGGAUAAUGAGAAGCACAUUCUGCACUGGGUGAACUCACAUCGAGGACGUUACGUUGUACAAAAAUACAUAGAACGCCCUUUUUUGAUAUAUAAUUGCAAGUUUGAUCUCCGACAAUACUAUUUGGUGACAAUGGAUAACGAGUACGUACGUUUCUGGAGUCAUUGGUUAUGCACGUGCAAGUUGGCGAGCGAGGAGUUUUCCUUUGAUGAUUUUAACGAGCAAAAGCACAUUACGAACACGACGGUUCAAAGGCGUUACAAGCGGGAGAACACGGAAAAUUUGCCGUAUCAUCACAUGUGGAGUAUCCAUACGUUAAUCGAUCAUUUUGAGAAAAUGGGACGACCCGAUGUGUACGAUAAGAAAAUUUAUCCGACAAUUAAGCAUGUGCUGCGGAUGAUAAGCAAAGUGGUUGUGGAAAAUAUCGAGUUGAAAGUUGGACGCUUUGAACUAUUUGGCUGUGACUGGUUAAUUACUGACGACUAUUCUACAUAUUUGUUGGAAAUUAAUCGCUGCCCUUCCUUAUAUUAUUACACGCCAGUCUCGGAAUAUGUUGUCGGAAAAAUUUUCGAAGACCUCAUAAGAGUCGUGGUUGAUUUCAAAGAAGACAAAAAAGCAUCAACAGGCGGCUUUGAGUGUGUCUUCAAGAUGGAUAUGCCCGAUUCGCCGAAAAUGCAGGCAGCGAAGCGCGCCGAACAGCUUAAAGUGGAAUUACAACAGGCGCGCAAGAUGAUAGAUGAGGUACUAAAUGAGAUUUUAAAUGAUGUGAUAACGGCAGUUAAUGUUGAGAUACCCGCCGAAGUUGACAAAGCCGAAAUAGAUAAAGAGGCGUCUCAACUGUUUGAUCCGUAUAAACAAGCGUUGCUGGCGGCAUUUUAAAUAAUGUUUUUUUUUCGAGUUGUUUUGUGUGAUUUUCUUGUUAUUUAUUUUUUUUGUGGCGGAAGAAAGGAGCUUAUUUUGAAAAGAUUUAACCAUCAAAAAAGGAAGAUUAAAUAUUUUAUUGAAUGUUGGUUUUAAUUAAAGAUAUGAGAAAAUAUUUAAAUGAAAAUUUUAAAUUGCAAUUUGUUGAAUAUUUCAGACAGAAAAAAAUAUCAUAAAAACAUGAAUUUUUUGUAUAGAAAUAUUGAUAA